AUGAGGCUGCUUCUCUCUCACGCGCCCCGGCAUCUUGGCCAACUGGGCUCUACUCGGUCCACAACCGCUUUGUAUUCUGCGAGGUGCCUCUCUUCAACAAAGUCUACUGAAGGCAGCCGAGCCCUUCCACUAGCUGGGGUCACGGUAGUUAGUCUGGAGCAAGCCAUCGCUGCACCAUUCUGCACCAGGCAACUUGCCGAUCUUGGAGCGCGAGUCAUCAAGGUUGAGCGGCCCGGCGUGGGCGAUUUUGCUCGCCAGUAUGAUACUCGAGUUGAGGGACUCGCGUCACAUUUUGUCUGGACCAAUCGUUCCAAGGAGAGUCUAGCACUUGAUCUCAAGCAGAAACGCGAUCAUGCCGUCUUGAUGAAGCUACUCGAAAAGGCCGAUGUCCUUGUUCAGAACCUGGCUCCGGGAGCCAGCGCACGGCUCGGUCUCUCUUAUGAUUCAUUACGAGAGAAACAUCCAGGUCUGAUUGUCUGUGAUAUCUCUGGAUACGGGCAAGAUGGCCCAUACCGCGACAAGAAAGCCUACGACCUUCUGAUCCAGAGUGAGGCGGGUAUGCUGUCUGUAACAGGCACUGGGAAAGAGCCCGUGAAAGUUGGCAUUUCCAUUGCGGAUAUUUCGGCUGGAAUGUACGCGUACAGCAAUAUUCUCUCGGCACUUCUUCAGCGUGGAAAGGAUGGCCGAGGCUGCCGCAUUGACAUUUCCAUGCUAGAAUGCAUGGUCGAAUGGAUGGGUUUCCCCAUGUACUAUGCAUUCAAUAAUGCUCCUGGACCGGUGCCCGCGGGUGCCUCUCAUGCGGCUAUUUACCCAUACGGACCCUUCGAAACUGGCGACAACCAAUCCGUCAUGCUGGGGAUACAGAACGAGCGAGAGUGGGCCAACUUCUGCAAUGGAGUUCUUGCCCUGCCUGACCUAGCGGCCGAUCCGCGGUUUGUGGAUAACUCGCAACGAACCAAAAACAGAGAUGAGUUGAAGUCUAUCAUCCACGAUGUCUUCUCGAAAUUCACAGUGGAUGAAAUCAUCACCAGGUUGGACCAGGCUUCCAUUGCCAAUGCCAGUGUGAACGAUAUGCAGAAUGUUUGGGACCACGCUCAACUUCGAGCGCGCGACCGGUGGACCACGGUACAAACCCCUGCUGGUGUCAUUCCAGCUCUGUUACCUCCUGGGUUCACCAACUCACCUGACAAGGGAGGACACGGCGCUCAAAUGGGCUCUGUUCCAGAAGUUGGUGAGCAUAACGAGGCGAUAAUUGCGGAGCUGGGUCUGUCAAAUUGA